GUCGCCGCCCCCGUCAUGUCUGCCAGGCUUUUGCGACGUCUUGGAGUGUUGCUCGCAAUAAUUCAAAGAGAAACACCCCCAUCAGAAAAGCCCUUGUGCAACAUUGGUUUUGUAUUCUUUGUUCGUUUUUGACACGCCUUGUCUCGCCCCUUGGACUAGACCCAAGACGCCCUUUGUAGCAGUCGACGCAAACGCACAACGCGGUCGUCAUGGGCGCCGCCAUUUCGCUUCCCUUCAUCUCCUUCUUCGCCCUGCCCGCCCUCACCUCGUAUGGCACGUCGGUGAACCUGCUCUUCUUCACCCUGAACUGGUACAUCCUGCUACUGACCCAUCCACCGCUCUCCGUCGAAAUCAUAGGCAUCUCGGUUGUCCAGCUGCUUUGCUACAUCCUGCCGGCCUUGCUGUUCCUUCUAUUCGACACGGGCCUGCCCAGCAUCGCUACCGCCAUCAAGACUCAGGGUGACAUUGCCCUCGCCGGCCGCCUGGGCCGCAAGCGCGUCGCAAAGAUCGCCGCUUGGAGCGUCCUGAAUGUCGCCCUCGGCGUCGCUCUGCAGCUGGCCCUGGAGCUGCUGCUCACCAAGGUCCUGCGCAUGAGGACAGCGCUAAGUCUGAGCAAGAGAAUGCCCAUGCCGUGGACCAUCGCUCAGCAAGCCCUGAUCCUGGUCCUCGUGAGAGGCAUUCUGCAAUAUUACAUCCACCGCUUCGUGCUGCACAACCCCAACGUGUUCCUCAGCAAGUACCACGUCGCAUGGCAGCACGCCAUCCCCGCGCCAUUCUCUAUCUGCGCCUCGUACGACUCUCCUCCCUGCUAUCUCCUGCACCACUGGGUCCCCCUCUUUGUGCCCGCAAUCGCCAUGCGCGCGCACAUCUUGCCCGUCCUGUUCGCCCUUGCCAUCACCUCUCUCGAGACCCUAGUCACUUACUCUGGCUACUCUAUUCUACCAUCGGGCAUCUUGCUGCCGGGAAUGGCGAAGCGUGUAGACAAUCACUUCCUCGUGCAAGGGCAGGGCAAUUACGCCGCCUUUGGCGCGCUGGACUGGUGCCACGGCACGAGCGUAGGUCGAGACCUCGUCGAUGACAUGAAGGCAGAAUGGGAGAAGCACGAUGGAGAUGCAAAAAUUCAGAUGGCGGGUGAGAAAGCAGGCAACCUCGUCGAUGGCAUUGGCGACAAGGUGAGAGCGAGGGCCAACGCCGGGAGGAAGAAGGCAAGUGGCAGGUCGUGAUCAGGAUUGAAGUAGAAGCGGAAAAUGGAAUCGAAAAGCUCGGCGCCUUUUUUUAACAUCUUUUGGGAGGAAAUUGCCACAACUUUGGAGGAAUUAAUGCUGCGGACAAAAGGGAUAUGUUUAGACAGGCGUUCCGUGUCACCUUGUGCACGACAAAUUUAUUUUGGAGAGCGAUACCCAAGUUUAACAUGAUUUAUGGACGGCAUAAGAUCAUUAAACCGACGCUACUGUUCUGGAAAUCCAAUUUCUUCAGAUAAAUAUGAGGAACGCUAUUAUUCGUCGUCAAGGCAGAAUUUACUGUGCAAACGUGCACGCCAGUCAAGCCAAACCACACCAGAGACAGAAAAUAGCCUUAACACCACUAAUGCCAUGCUUAUAUCAAG